AGAUGUGAGGGGUGUUUGUGUAAAGUCAUAAACAAGGAAGUAAUAUCACAAUGAACUUCUACCUGUUCAUCAGCGUUCAUGGAGCUCAGACGAUUCCUGGUAUUAUUUUUCAUCUUUUGGACGAAGGUGUUAAAUAUCUACUGCCUUAAUGGAAGUGUUUGCAUUGAUACAGCUUUGAAGUUUGGGUUCAGCAGUCUUGCUUGUAAUUUUACUGAGGAUGAUUUGAAGUUUUGGUUUGCAGAUCCGCCAAAUGGGUUUCCUUGUGAGGAGCAGUGUUUAUGGUCGGUUAAUACAGUUCCAAAUACCUUAUAUAAACUGAAAAGGGGAAGAUUCCUUGUCAACAAUACCGUAAGGAGAGUACUAAAUGUCAACAACAGAUGUCAGAAUGAAUAUACAGCGAUUGAUAUAAACGUGAGCUGCAGUACGGAUAAGUUUGGAGACUACUUUGGACUUUUGUGUACAGAAGACACAGAUUGCGGGAGAGCCAAUACAUUAUGCAUUAAGCAUGGGAAAGUUGGAUCGUGCGAAUGUAGGGAUGGAUUUGUUCGGUUGCAUGGAGAAUGUAUGGCAGGUAGAUAUCUUUAA